AUGGCCAGUGUUCCUUCGAUAACUCCAUACAGGUCUCACAACGACCUUCUUAAGCUACGGCAAGCUUUCUACGCAGAGCCCGAGAAUAGAAAAUUGCUUCGAGAGGCCGUCAAUACCGUUAAUGUGCUCCGGUCUCGCGGGAAGCUCCCACAUGCGGUGGAUGCAACCGCCUGGUUAGUUUCCGCCAAGUUGUCCGACCACAAAGAUAUGGAGAUUUUCCUGUUGCGCUCCGCCUACGCCAUGGCUUUGGUUCGGUUUGUUAACGGCAUGCUAGAUCCGUUUCAACAGGGUGCGCAUGCUGUGGCGCUUCUGACCAUUGCAAAGUCGAUUGGCCUUACGCUCAGUUUUGUGGAUCUUCGUCACUCAGCGACACAUGGUCAGCUCCCAUCGUUGGAGCUUUUGCGCUCAAUGUCCGAAAAGGCACUUAAGUGGCUCUUUGACCAUUACUGGGCCUCAUUGACUGAUGUUGCCACGACAAAGAGGCCAACUUAUGAGGAAAAGGAAAAACCACAAAGUGUAUUGCUUCUGUUGAAGAUUUACAAAAAGCUCCGUAAGCAGCAUUUUGACCUACCUCUUUCCCGUGAAAAUCCUAUUUUAAAGUCGUACUGGAACUGCUUCGAUGCAUUGGUAGCAGUAUCGAAGGACCCAGUACGCUCAUCCCAGAUGGUUGAGAUGCUAGUCUGUCAAAAUUUUCUAAUCAAAACUGAGGGCCAGCCAAAUAAGUUCAAGACAAUGUUGAAAAUAUACUCGCCGUUGCUUGAAGGCUGCCUGCCGGCCUUCCUCCUAGAAUUGGUUUUAGCAAUCAUUCACCACUGCUCGCCUCUCAAUGAUGUUGUAUUUACAGGAACACAAAUAGAGCAAGGGCAAUCGUGGUGUCUGCAUCUAGUCUCCCUGAUAUUGAAUGGCAACUUUCCCAUAGAUACCAAGCACCACAAAAAUCUAUCCAAGCAAAAUGUGGAAUCCCUUUUGCGCACCAGCCUAGGGCUUCUAGAAGAAGACAGCCCCAUGGUGAACGCAGUGGAAAAUGCAAUUAUGCAGAAACCUGUCCCUAAAAGAGUCUAUUUGCCGCCACUGUUGGACGAGAUUUUGGCGCCUAGCCCUUACGAUUCCCCGAAGGAAGCUUCUGAAGACUACAUGUCGCCCGCACCGAAGAAGAGGAGAAAAACUGAAUUGUUUCAAGCAAACCCAGAAUGGACCUUAACUCCCUUUGGUGUCUGUCCAUAG